AAAUCUGACUCUAAUUUCGCAAGUCCCAUGGAGCCUCGAAACUGCCUUACUGCAUCCUCUUCGAUACUGGUGCCUAAGCAGGCUAGAUAGCUUCAAAAUCAUAUUAAAAAAUUGGCUUUGGAUAUGUUCAACGCGUCCACUUUAGAUCACUUUUCAUUUUUAAUGUAUUCUAUUAAAAAGUACCCGUAAAAUGCCCCACUUUCGAAGUCCUCUUUAGUGUACAGUUCGCUUGACAGCUGGUUUGUGUUUAUGCACUGUUUUGAGGUUAACUGGAAGAAACUGCUGCGAAUCUGCAACAAAAUAGCAGAAUUAUUAGUCAAAUGUUUUAUUUUCAUUAAUAAAUUAUUAGUUAGUCAUUUUUUCCUUAAAAUGCAUAAACUGAAGUCCUCGCAAAGAGACAAGGUGAAAAAGUUCAUUUCGUUCACGCAAACAGGCGAGAGCACCGCAAUUUACUGUCUAACCCAGAAUGACUGGAAGCUGGACCUGGCUAGCGACAACUACUUCCAAAAUCCAGACGCGUACUACAAGGAGACUCGAAGCAUAGACAAAAAGAAACUAGAAAUCCUGUACAUUAGGUAUAAAGACCCGAACGAGCCAGAUAAGAUCUCAGUGGACGGAAUAAUGAAAUUUCUUGAUGAUUUAGGAUUACCCCCUGAGUCCAAGCUAGUGCUCAUUGUUGCCUGGAAAUUCAAGGCAGCCACUCAAUGCGAAUUUUCCAGGGACGAAUUUAUCAAUGGCAUGACCGAUUUGGGCUGCGAUACCAUCGAUAAACUCAAACAGAGAUUGCCUAGCAUGGAAAACGAAUUGCGCGACGCUUUCAAAUUCAAAGAUUUCUAUCAGUUCACGUUUAACUUUGCCAAAAAUCCCAACCAGAAGGGCAUAGAUCUGGACAUGGCUAUUGCCUACUGGAACAUUGUGCUAAAGGGCAGGUUCAAGUUUCUGGAAUUGUGGUGCACAUUUCUACAGGAAAACCACAAACGAUCCAUACCAAAAGAUACGUGGAACCUGCUGCUGGACUUUGCGCAACAAAUCUCCGAUGACAUGAGCAACUAUGACGAAGAAGGAGCCUGGCCGGUGCUGAUUGACGAUUUCGUCGAAUGGGCAUCAUCCAAAUCGAAAGAGAACCAGCCUCACAGCACGAGUCACCUCGAAUAACAGUGACUGAGAGCUCGUUUCCAGGUCUUUCCGUUAAAGAUGCAUUCGCUAUUGUGUACAUAAUAUUAAAGAGGCCGCGUGAGUAGACGAUUAAUGAUGCUCCGAGUAGAUUCUGGAAGCGACCCGGAGCAAGAGUGGUGUGAGUGCGGCAAUAGUGAUCAGCGACCAAUUCGCAGAACCCUUUCGUGUAUUGAGUUUAAUAUAUUUUAUGUAUAUAGUGCGUUGAGAAUGGGCGUCUCACUGGAAAUUAUCAAUGUGGUUUCAAUCGGCUAUUACCAGUACAGGGUGCCCAAAAGUUUAAAUUCGUUCGCAACGUUUAGGAACAAGCCGCAAAUGUUCAACUGAUACCCAAAGUCGCACAACUUUCACCAAUAAUGACUUGAGUUUGGAUACCUUGUAUUUAUGUAAACCAUCUUUAAGAUAAUUAUAAGAAAUUGUUCAAAAAAAGCUCUCCGUCUGCUGGAGUAGAUGAAAUUAAAAAAUGUAUUGGCAGUGAAAGUGAAUAUUUAAGGUGUAAUGUAGUGAAGGUUGCCCAUCGUAUCUCUGUAUUAACUCUAGAUUAUUCACUUGCAUUCAUUUCUAACAACGAAAGUACAAAAAACCCAUUUUGGACGUUUUGGCAACAUGGUGCAAUAUUCUAAAACGUGUUUUUAUUAUUAAUCGAGUAAUAUUGUGGACAUUUGGCUUAUCCAGCAUUAAACUAGCUGCACUUAAA